AUGGCGGAUUCUGCCGCGGAUACAAUAUUUGAUCUUCCCAUCGGCAAUCUCUCAUGCACAAACAAUGGUGUUCAAGCAAGUGGCAGCUACCUGGCAUUUCACGUGGAAGGAGAAGGAGGAAAACUAGGCGCUUUACCGAUCAAUGCCAAAGGAAGAAAACUGAGAAAGGAUAUGUCCAUUGUGAAGAUCUGGCGCCUUUCUGGUGAAGAAGCGACAAAUUCCCUUGAGUGUGAAAUACAUGUUGGAAAUGGGGUACUUUUGGAUUCGAUCAAACCACAUUCUACAGCCUCCAAUAUUAUUGCUGCCGCUUCCCUUGGCGACGCUUACGUCAUUGACAUUGAAAGGAAUGUGGUUGCCACGAAGCUCGAUGGUUUCGUGGACAAAGGCCAAUCGCUGGACUGGAGUGAAGACGGAAAGCUCCUAGCAAUCAGUGCUGACAAGGGACGUGAGAAAUCCGACCCAGGAAGUACACGGUUUGGAGAUUGGGCAGGGGACAAACUAGUACACCUCGGAUAA